UUAAGUCUGAAAGCUUGAGCUGAAGUCAUUGCAGAUGGCCAAAAUCGGGCCCUUUUAUAGUUUUCCAGAGAAAGUGACCCAAAAAAGUCACCAAAAACAGUGAAAAUGGGUUACUUUGGGUAAAUUGACCAAAUGGUUAGUGACCGACGGGUCACAGUUACCGAACGGUCACAGUGACCUAAAACGUUAAAAUCCAUGCUGUACACUGCCGUAUCAUAAAAAAGGCGAUUUUAUGAAAUGUUUACAUGAAAAUAACAUCAAAAUAUGCACCACUGGGUUAACUCUAACAUGUUCAAGUGAUUUAAACAUCUUUGAAGAUGACAACGAUAAUUUAUGUUGCUUAGUAACGGUAAAUAGUCCAACAAUGCAAUGCGAAUAAGGAUGCAUAUCCUGUCAGGAAAUGUGACAAAUUCAGAGUUAUCAUGAAAAUAUUGUGAUUUAUGCAAAAUUCAGACUGUACAAAAUGAUGACACUUAUCUUUAACAAACAAUUAAGUACUGUAGAUUAAUUGUGCAAAGUCUAUAAUGAUUCUAAUGUAGGAAAAUGUUACAAAAUCUGGAUUAAAUGUGCACCAGUCGAAACGGAUGUCUCUCGGUAAAUGUAAACAGAGUUCGGAUAAGAUUAAAACGAACAUGGAGGUGUAUAAUAUGAGUUUGGUCUGUCAUAUUAUGUAGAUCAACACAUAUGUGUACAAUUCUGUGUUUCGUUACUGUCAGCUUGCGAGGAAAUGUCUCUAAAACAGUUCAAAUCACAGCCAAGAUCGAUGACUUAUUUUAUAAAACAUGAAAAUGGUAAGUCCCCAUUGUUCGAGUCGUUACAAUAUCUUUAAUAAUUUUGAAUUUAUUAUCUAAAAAUAUCUUUUGAUUGGAAUUUUUGCUAGAUGUACUUUAACUUUUGUCCAUUUUAAACACAAAAAAAUAUAAUGUAAAAUUUUGCUUUAUUUCUUGAUAUCUGGUUGUUAAAACAUUAAAAAUAUAUUAAUUUGCAUAACGGUAUCCAAACUUUUUGUAAAAUGUCUUAAAAAUGUAUCGAACUUGUUAUUUUGAUGUUUGUAACAGAGAAAAAAAUAACAAUGCAAAUAACAUUCUAAAGAAAUUUUACCACCAUCUGAUACCUAAAGAAUGACCUAAAGAUUAUAGCUUGAUCUUUCAAAGUAAAACAGCAAUUCACGACAUGUUUGUUACAGACGAAGGUGGACCAAACACUAGUGAUAUUAUAUCAUAAAGCUGAAUCGUUUUAGAACUGCACCAAAAUGAAUAUAUCUUGUACAAUAUCUAUCAUCACAUAUUAUAUAUACAUGUAUAUGUUUCACUGCCAGAUGUAAUGGAGAUAAAUCAUUUUGAGAAUGUUAACAUAGAAUUUGAGAUAAAAAUCCGUGAGAAUAAAUGAAUUAAUAAAUAUCUAAAAGAACUCAUGCUGUAAAUUUAAUCUGAUCAUAGUUUAAUUUGGAUUUGUGUUCAUAAGUGAAAUAGCAGUCUUGAGGAAAGUUUCAAGAUACCGGUGACGGAUAUUUGGAAGUAUCUUAUUGUAAUUACUGAUUAAGAAACAAACGAUUCACACAAUGAACAAUAUAAUUUUGAUCGUGUUGCUAGCUUUGCUUAUGACAUCAUGGAUAUCGUGUGCUCCUGCACAAGACAACGAACACAGAGGUCGAUUAACAGGACAGACAUUGGUAGACAUGGGAGACAGACUUAAUAAGCCUCUGUUAAAAUUGGUCGGCAAAACACUGCUUCACGUAGAAAAUGAAAUCAAGGAAACACUUCUUAAUAUGACGGAAACAUCAUCACUGACAGUACAUGAAGCUGUAAAAGAAAUGUGUCGCCUUCACCCCUGCUCUGACUGGAGUGACUGGUCAAACUGUGACGCUACGAAGCAUGGAGAAUUCGGAGGACAAAAUCGUAGCAGAAAUUGCGGAUUAAAUACGACUUACUGUGAGCGUCACAGUAUACCAGCUGUAGAAUACGAUACUAGAGUUUGUGAAGGCAAAUGUCCAAACAAUUAUGUCGUUACCAAACACGGUUUCUGUUUGAAGUUCUACAACAAUGACAAGAAACAGAGAGAUGAUGCUGAAACUGUGUGUAAAACAGAUGGCGGACAUCUUGUUAAUAUUGAUUCUAUCAUCAAAGUACAGGACGUGAAUGAAACUAUACUUGACCAGAAGUAUUCUGGAAAUUUUCUGUGGAUUGACGGACGUAGAUCGGAGCAAGCUGGACCGUGGAAGUACGGUUAUCCAUCAGCUGAACCGUCGUUUAUCUUCUGGGGAGACAACGAUCCUGAUAAUGGAGUUAAAGACCUUUGUAUGUUGUACCAUAAGACGUCAAGCACUGGAAAUUCGUGGCGUUGGUUUGACUAUGGCUGUGGUUCCAAAUUUGAGUUCAUCUGUGAAUUGCAAUGAUGUAGCACAAUAACGACAAAA